CAAAACAUUCAACAUUCAUAAGCAAUUUCUUUAUAUUGAUUUAGCUACAUGCUUUUAAAAAUUAAUUUUGGAAAGCAGAGAAUGUAAAUAAAUUUACCUAUCAUUUCCAUUACAAAUAAGAUCAGCGAAUAAAAACAACUUUGUACCUUUUUGCUCUACAAAUUUUGCUCUUCUUUCCAUCUUAGCCAACUUUAGUCAAUAGCUACUUAAAGUUUUUAAAUUGAGGCACAACAUAAAAUUCAUAUUAAGUAGAUACUUCAGUUAGUAUGUGUAUCCACCCAUAUAACGAACAUUGAAAUCUAGAUGCAGGCUUUUUCACAAACCCAGAAAUUUUCCUCAUACCACCUCUCCCCAAUUUUAAAACACUAUUUUCCAAAUUUCAAUUAGAUAACUACCAUUCUUCAUAAUGUCCUUUACCAUGACUCACUUGUACUAUUAUUUACAUCAUAUUUAAACCAACUCAUUUUUUAACACCUUCAUUCUAAGAAAUGUCUAUGCAAUCAUAGGUUUGUUGUGCUCACUUUGGUUUUGAUUCACACAUUAAAAUAAACAUCACUAUUAAAAUAAAUGUUUUCAGGAGGCACCACGGCAUGGGUGUAUUUGGGAACCAAUGCUUUACCUCAUUUUUCUUACUCUGUGGACCGAAGCCACUUUCUUUCUUUCCCUCUAUUUUCCUCAUUCAACAAGGCCCACUUUUCUGUCCUUAAUUUACUGAUUUACCCUUUACUUGCCACCGUUGUCAUCACUGCCACCCUAAAGCUUGUAUCACCUCAGUUAUGAGCAACUCUCAUGUCAGUUUUUGCAGUUCCAGCUUCCUACCAAGGCUCAAUUCCACUGGUCAAAAGCCCCUCCACGCUUCAAAAUUUUGCCCACAGGUUAAAAUCCAGGCAAAUUUUCAAUUCACCUAACUCUUCCUCUGUUCUUGCCACUUACUCCAGGCUUCUAGCUAGCUAUUUCUGCACUGUCUUGUCUUUCUAAGGGCAAAAGCCUUUUUUACACUGAUAUAAUACUACAUUAGUGAACUAGGAGGUGUAAUUUGCCUUGUGUGCACAGCAAGUGAGUUACAGCUACUUGAAAUCUGAACUACCAUUACAGAUUUCUUUACAGCUAAUACUAAGUAUAUGUUGAGUAUCCAAAUUGUAUAUAUUUUUCAAGGCCUACAUUAAGACCAAACACUGCCAUAGAAUCUUUUCUCAAGCUAACUUCCUAAGAUAUUCUACUACAUGAGUUAUUUCUGAAUUACUACUGGAUUUUCUAAUUUCAUACCCAUAAUUAGGAAGCAACUACAUCACUUGCAGUGUCCAGCAGGGGACUGAGUAUUAAGAGCCCCCCCAGCCAACACUCCAUGAAGUCAGAAGAUCUGGAUGGAAGUACUGUUUCCACAAUCUACUACCUAUGUAACCUUGGACAAGGGCUCACUAAGAUUAUCUAAGUAAGUCUCAGAUGCCUCCUUCAUAAAAUACGGGUACCUAUUUUACAGUGCUCUGUGGCCAAGUCUUCAAAUUAGGAAGUGCUACAUAAUUGUGGUUUUUAUUCUGAGAUGAUAUCAGAAUCUUGCAGAAGAACAGCUAAGAUAAAUUCCUGAAAUUUGGAAUUCUUGUUCAUUUUAGGGCUGACUCAGAUAGCUGUUCUAAAAUUCUAGUUGCUUUAAAUACAUAUUAUUUCUGAACUUAAAGUAUUUACAUGGCUGCCUUUUUCUUGAAGAUGCUGCUAAUAAUUCUGCUUUUAUCUUUCCUACGUUGUGACAAAAAAAAAAACAAAAACAAAAACCGAGACUAAUCCCAACACUUUGGGAGGCUGAGGUGGGCGGAUCACUAGGCAGGAGUUCGAGAACAACCUGGCCAACAUGGUGAAACCCCAUCUCUAAAAAAUACAAAAAUUAGCUGGGUGUGGUGGUGCUCACCUGUAAUCCCAGCUACUUGGGAGGCUGAGGCAGGAGAACUGCUUGAACCUGGGAGGCAGGCUGCAGUGAGCUGAGAUUGCACCACUGCACUCCAGCCUGGGCAACAGGGUAAGAUUCCGUCCCAAAACAACAACAACAACAACAGAAAGAGAAAAAAACAAGAGAAUUUCAACCACCUUAAUACGGGGAUCUUUAGUGGCCAAUUAAAGGCUCUGGUCAAUUCUAAGCAUCACACUUACUGUAUUGCAGACCCAUGGCUUCCUACCCAUUUCUUGAUAAAAACAACAGAAUUUAUAGAGAAAAAACGUGCAAAGUUUGUUUUCUGUGGGACCUCAUUUAUCUGUAGUAUAACAUCCUUUGCCUCUUUUAAGAAGUGAACAUACAAGUCUUUCUUAAGCCACUGCCUUCAAUAGAACUAUUAAGAAGCUUCAGUUCUCAUUUUUAGAAUCCACCACCAUUUAUUUUAGCUCAUUUUGCAUGUCCUGGAAUUGGACCUCUUUUCUAGAUUAGAAGAAAAAAUUUACUAAAGUAUUAAGCUAUAACAUACACACAUCCAUCUUUUAAAUAAGGCCACGAAAUUCCAUGACAUCAGGGAGUUUGAGACUGCUCAUCAGUCAAGCUGUUACCAUCCCCAGAGGACAGAGUGUGAAGGAGAUAAAGAUCUCAGUGGUUUGUCUUCACCUUCUGGGAAACAAAUGCUCAAAUUCAGCUUGUUAUCUAAUCCUGGAAUUAACAAUAUUAAAAAAUAUAAAUUCCAAUAUAUCAAAUCCUUUCUCAUUUCUUUUCACAGGUUAUCCUAUACAUGUCAGAUGGAACUUUUUUCCUUGACUGAAGAAUUUUUACCUUUUGGUGGGAAUUACUUUAAGUAAAUAUCUAACAAACUGUCUCACUUCUUUUAGUUUAUUUCAUUCUCUUAAGAAUUCUACUAUUAUGGGUCGGCUAGGUACUGAGUGUGCCAGGCUCUACAGAGUGAAGACUUCAGUCUAUGGUCAUGGCAAAAUAUCUGAAGUUCAUUGCCAGGACUGUGAUGAUACAGGAAGGGAACGUGGAAAGUGCAUACAGAACCCUAAACAGAAUCCUCACUAUGAAUGGGUUCAUUGAGGACAUAAAGUGUCAGCGGUUUUAUGAGAAGCAAUGCCUCCUGCAACAGAGGGAAAGCUAUGAAAGGUGCCGGCGGAUCUACAACAUGGAAGUGGCUCACAAGAUCAACUCCUUGAUGCAAAAGAAUUGGGUAGAUCCAUGGCAGGGUUGCUGAGGCCUGUGGAUGAGAGACCCAGUGUGAAACCCUCAUCCAGUUUUGUCUCAGUUUUCUUUGUACAAUCCCAUUUCCUAUUACUGUUCUCUACAAUAAACUUAAACAAGUUUGCAAGAAGGCCUCCACAUAUAGAAACAAUCCCAUUAGUCAGCAGUGGACCCUCUCUUUUAUUAAGUGAAAGAAGAAACUGAGUCUGAAAGAAGUCUAGGAGCAGAAUGGUGUUUGCCAGGGGCUAGAGGAGGGGGCAAUGAGAAGUUAUUGUUUAAUGGGUACAGAGUUUCAGUUUGGGAAGAUGAAAAAGUUCAGGAGAUGAUGGCCAGGUGCGGUGGCUCACACCUGUUAUCCCAGCACCUUGGGAGGCUGAGGUGGGUGGAUCAAUUGAGGCCAGGAGGUAAUGACAAGCCUGGCCAACAUCGUGAAACCCCGUCUCAACUAAAAAUACAGGAAAAAAAAAAAAAUUAGCCAGGCAUGGUAGUGCACGCCUGUAGUCCCAGCUACUUGGGAGGCUGAGAUAGGAGAAUCGCUUGAACCAGAGAGGUGGAGGUUGCAGUGAGCCAAGAUCAUGCCACUGCACUCCAGCCUGGGAACAGAGUGAGAAGCUCAAAACAAAACAAAACAGCAGAUGGCUGAUGGAUGGUGAUAGGGGUUGCACAAAAAGGUGAAUGUACUUAAUGCCACUGAACUGUACACUUAAAUGGUUAAGAUGGUAAAUUUCAUGUUUUACUAUAAUAAAAACUUUUUUGAAA